AUGGCUGGGCUGUCGCAGGCACCGCCACCAACAGAUGCGCCUGCUGUGGAUACUGCUGAACAAGUAUAUAUUUCGUCUUUGGCUCUACUCAAGAUGUUAAAACAUGGUCGUGCUGGCGUGCCCAUGGAAGUCAUGGGUCUUAUGUUAGGUGAAUUUGUGGAUGACUACACAGUACGUGUAAUUGAUGUGUUUGCCAUGCCCCAAACUGGUACUGGAGUAUCAGUAGAGGCUGUUGACCCUGUCUUCCAAGCUAAGAUGUUGGAUAUGCUUAAGCAGACUGGUCGUCCAGAAAUGGUUGUUGGAUGGUAUCACUCCCAUCCUGGAUUUGGUUGUUGGUUAUCAGGAGUAGAUAUAAAUACUCAACAGUCUUUUGAAGCCUUAUCAGAGAGAGCAGUUGCUGUUGUGGUAGACCCCAUCCAAUCAGUGAAAGGAAAAGUAGUCAUUGAUGCAUUCCGCCUCAUUAACCCUAAUAUGAUGGUUCUUGGUCAGGAGCCUAGGCAGACCACAUCGAAUUUGGGCCACCUUCAAAAACCAUCAGUGCAAGCUCUCAUUCACGGACUUAAUCGCCACUAUUACUCUAUCAGCAUAAACUACAGGAAGAAUGAAUUGGAGCAGAAAAUGCUGUUAAAUCUCCACAAAAAGUCCUGGAUGGAUGGACUAACCCUUUCAGACUACAAGGAGCACUGUUCUAUCAAUGAAACUACAGUCACAGAUAUGUUGGACUUAGCUAAAAAUUACAAUAAGGCAUUAGAAGAUGAGGAGAAAAUGACCCCUGAACAACUAGCUAUUAAGAAUGUAGGCAAACAGGACCCCAAGAGGCAUUUAGAGGAGAAAGUUGAUGUCCUGAUGUCAAACAAUAUAGUACAGUGUUUGGGAGCAAUGCUUGACACAAUGGUGUUUAAAUGA